GACAAAACUUGUUGUUCUCAUCCAUUCCACCGCAUUCAAACGCGGGCAAGUAAGAAUUGAGAGGCAACAAGUACAAAUGCUAGCUAACACACACCGCCUCAUGUUGUAGAGCGAAUUUUGCCUGAUUUUCGCAGUCCUACAUGUCUCAUGCAGCUGUAAACAAAUUGUUUGACAAUUUGCUGUCAGACUGAUUCUCACAAGGGGGUUUCAUGCCGUCUCUUGUAACCUAGUUGCAAUUUGAUGCAAAGAGUUUGCAUGAUCCCAUGAAGAAUUCUUCUUCACGCCGCCCGCUGAAGAGACAGAAAUUCUUUUGGUCUUGUUGGGUUUGUCAGUUUUUGAUAAUACAUUAUUAACGCCAGAUUAGUGAUAGUUAGCACUAGUGGAUGCUUAUUUUAAGUAUGUGUUUGGAAUACUAAAGGUGCCCAGAGUGUGCUGUUGAUUUUGUUGUUUGAUGCUAUGUCCUGCUGUGACUAUGGCGGCCAUGGCUGGUUCCGGCUCCGCUAUACCCAUGGCGUUUCUGCCGCGCCAGCUGAUCCCUUUCCCUGUCACUCCUUCCUCGAGGAUCAAUUUGCACAAUUCGCAUCAACUUAGGUGUUUAAAAUCUCAUGGCGAGAUUUACUUCAAUGGGUGUUGCGUCCGAGGCGAUGCUUCUCAGCGUGUUUUGCGAGCGGGAGCUUCAGUUGAAGAGGCCGAAGCCUCAGUUGCUCCUGGAGGAGAUGAGGCUGCGAGCGGCGAAUUGAGAUUUGAGCGGGCGCUCGAGGUGCUUGGCAAUAGCCGCACGCUCAACCGCCUUGAUGCACGUGACGAUGAGGCUGAUGAAAAUUUGGGUCCCUCUACUGCAGCUGAUUGGCAGAGUAAUGAAAGGGUUCUAGAGUGCUGCGAAGCUGGCAAUAAGUUGAACAUAGCAGUGCUGCUGAGCGGAGGUGUGGACAGCAGCGUAGCAUUGCGGUUGUUAUGUGCAGCUGGCCAUUCUUGUACUGCAUAUUACCUUAAAAUCUGGUUCCAGGAGGAUUUUGAGAAUUUCUGGUCAGAGUGUCCUUGGGAAGAUGAUUUGAAGAACGCCCAAGCAGUGUGUGAUGAGGUCGGAGUGGAGCUCCGGGUGGUGCAUUUCACAGAUGAGUACUGGAAUCUUGUGGUGUCUCAUAGUAUUUCUGAGAUCCAGGCAGGUCGCACACCAAACCCGGAUAUUCUGUGCAACACGUGUGUAAAAUUUGGAGCUUUUCUAGACCACAUUAAGGAUGAACAAUUUGAUAGGGUGGCUUCUGGACAUUAUGCAAGGAUCAGGAAAAUUUACAACUGUGAUACUGGAGCAGAAGAGAGGACUGAAUUGUUAUUGUGCCCAGAUGAGGUGAAAGACCAGACCUAUUUUCUAUCACAUUUGACGCAGGAACAGCUGUCACGUCUGAUCUUUCCUCUUGGUGGCUUUACCAAGGCAGAGGUGCGACAGCUGGCAGAGGUUAUGGGGCUGUACAACAAAAAUCGAAAAGACUCUCAAGGCAUUUGCUUUCUUGGCAAGGUCAAGUUCAGUGAUUUUAUUGCGAAACACCUUGGCGAGAGUGAAGGUCGUAUGUUGGAGGCUGAGACAGGGGAACUUCUUGGCCUCCACAAAGGAUUCUGGUUUUACACAAUGGGGCAGCGUAAAGGCCUUCGCUUCUCUAACGGACCCUGGUUUGUUGUUGCAAAAGACAUCGUGAACAAUGUAGUUUUCGUAUCACGGCAUUACUUUUCAGAGGAUAAACGCAGGCGAUCGUUCCGUGUGGACUCGUUCAACUGGUUUUCAGGAUUUCCCCCUGCAGACAAUUCUGGUCUACAAUGCAAGGUGCGACAUGGUCCGAGAUUUUAUACUUGUAGUCUGGACAUACAGACAGAUUCGACAGAUUCUGAAGCAGUAACCAAGGAGAGUAAAUCUCUCACUUCAGCGGUAGUGAAUCUAAAUGAAGAUGAUCAAGGAUUGGCACCUGGACAGUAUGCCGCGUUUUAUCAAAAUGGUGUUUGUUUAGGAUCUGCUGUCAUAACUGAGACGUUAGGGGGUGCUGUCAACUCGAACGUUUCUGCAAAAGCCUUGGGAAUUGCCCAACAACCUUUUGAUGUUGAGGCGUACAAAAAGUCCAGACCAAAAAUAAGUAACUCUCUUAGGGUAAGCAGCUCAAGCAAACCAAACAUCCGUACUGGUGAAUCGAACACUGAAUCGAAAAGUAGUGGUCCAUUGAUUGAAUCACACAACCAGACUUCAAAGACGCAAGUAACUACAGCAGUGGAGAACCAUGAUAACGCUCCUGCAAGUCCAGGAGUGGAUCGUAGAAAUCCAGCUGAGCCAAAUAGCCACGGUUUUCUAGAUUUUAGACGAUUUUUUGCAGACCUGUUGAAGAGGAUUCCAUAACUACAGUUCUUUUUUUUGCAAACAGCGAAAAAAAAAUCAGUAAUGAUAUCGAUUUGCUCUUAUUCUUUCA